UCUAUAUAAAUUCGAAAACCUAAUCCAUUAAAAUAUUGUUUGUUCUCUAAGUUUCUCCUGCUUUGAUUUCUUAUUUCCUCUACUUUGGAAUGUAUUCAUGUUCAUUUUACUCUAGUGCGAUGUUGCACAUAUAUAUUCUUCUGUAAUGUGUAUUAACUAAAGAUUCAAAUAACUUUUGUGUUAAGUUCUUUCAGUUUUGUACUGUGAUGCAGAUCUUGUGUCUGAACGUGAAGCAAAACAAUGAGCAAAAGAGGAACAUCGGGUUGCAGAACCGAAGAAGACAGAAUAAGCUUCUUACCUGAUCACUUGCUGUGUCAGAUACUCUAUAAUGUUCAUACAAAGACAGCUGUUAUGACUAGUGUUUUGUCCACUAGAUGGAGAACUAUCUGGCUUUCGAUACCUCUCUUGGAUUUGCACACUGAUGAUUUCCCUAACUUCACUGCCUUCGUGAUCUUCAUCUCUAGGUAUCUAGAUUUAUCUACGGGCUCAUCAUGCUUACACAAGCUCAAACUUGCUUUGCGCUUUCAAGAUAUCUCUAGUGAAUCAUGGAACCUUGCUUUUUUGAGUGGUUAUCUAUCACCCUAUUACUUGAUAACAAAGUGGAUCAACAAGGCAGUUACACGUAAAGUUCAACAUCUAGAUAUCUUAUAUCCUUGGAUUGUGGAGAUGAUGCCACUAAGCAUCUACACCAUGCGUCACUCUUGUUUCCUUGAAACUCUCUAAUGUCUCAUUGGCUGAUUCUGAGUAUGUCUCUCUACCUCGUCUCAAGAUCAUGCAUUUAGUAGACAAUGCUUACGCUAAUGAUGCCUUUCUUGAGAAGCUUAUCUCAUCUUGUCCGGUUCUUGAAGAUUUAACCGUUGUUAGAAACAAAUAUACAGAGGACUACCUUGAGGUUCUACGUGUGCGUUCUCAGUCGUUAAAGAGUCUCGUAGUUGAUCACGAUGGUAGAAAGUGUUGGUACAGAGAUUGUAGGGUUGUUGUGAUUGAUAACCAGUUCACAAGUUAUGUAAUAAGCAAUUUGAGUUCAUCCACCAAGGUAGACACUGAUGUCAGUUUUGAUGUGGACAUUGACCUAAAUGUAAUUGACUCCUCAAAGAGACGUGUAGUGAGACGUUUCUUCACCAUGCUCUCGAACGUAAGGGACAUGACUAUAAGUCAAACAACUUUAGAGGUAUACAAAUAUUUUCAUAUGUGUGUCAAUGGAUUGAUUAAUUGAGCAUUUUGAAUGAAAAGUUUUUAACGUGUUUUGCAGGGCAUAUGUGUCUACUUGAAACAUGAACAACUGCCUCAGUUUCCUCACUUGAUCAGAUUAGAUGCGGUCUUGUAUAACUCUGAUUUGGGAAAUUUGGCAAACAUUCUUGAGAGCUGUCAAAAUCUCAAAUCCCUUGUCUUGGUGAUGAAACUUUUACCUGUAUAUUAUAUAUGGUUUUAUAUAUUCGUAUCAUCAUGAUCAUAUAAAAACUGAUGUUAAAAUUCAUCUAUAUUUAUUGGAUGAUUUUAUAUGCAGGAGUUGAGUAAUCUUAAGGAGGAGGAACUACUUAUUCUAGCAUCAGUUCCAAAAUGUUUAAGAUCGUCCCUGGAGUACGUUGAGAUAAAAACACCGAUAAGAGGAGAUGUAGCUGAAAUCGAACUAGUGAAGUACUUCCUGGAGAAUUCGGCAGUGCUCAAGAAGUUGAAGAUGUGUUUGCGUUGUUGGAGAAUGAACGAAGAGUCAAUCAUCUUGAUGCAACUCUUGAGAUUAAGGAGAUGCUCUACUUCUUGUGAAGUUGUUGCUCAACUUCAAGAGUUAGAAGAGACUUCUCUCAAACUAUGAUGACAUACUAUAACUUUUGUAACACUUGCAGUUUCAACUUUAAGAACAAGAAUUGGAUUUUAACUCUGGUUUGAGAAUUGGUGAUGUUUGUAUUUUUCAACAUCCUAAGUAGUAAUUGUCUAGUAGACAGUUAGGCUCAUAGCAUUUCAAUUUUUUGGAUAGCAUUUCAAUAUUUUGAAAAACAAAUUCUUUUUUUUGUUUUUGCGAUUAAAAAAUCUUCUUUUUGUGAUUAAUACAAUUUUUAUUUUAAGAAUAUAAUAUAAUUCGAUAAUAUUUUGUUUCUUUUUUUAAAAAAUACUGUAACUAAAAUGAUACAAUCCUAUUGGUUGGUGAACCUACGGGUAAUAUAUUAUUUUGAAAGUUGAAACAGAAGGAGAGUAAUAUGUUUUGUUAAUAUAUGUGAAAACUGUAAAAGAUAUAUAUUAUUUUGAAAUAGAGGGAAGUAUUAUUUAUAGAAUUAAAUUAAGUACUGUAUUUUUGAGCAUUUAAUAUAUUCUUGAUGUUAUCUAUGCCAAAAAUAUCGCGCGAAAACAGAUCUCGUAUAUAAAUGUAAAGAUUUCAACAGAACCAAACAAUAUUUAGUAAUCCAAACCCUAGAGAAGACGAAUCUGCCGAAGCCACUAGUGAAUCUGAGAGGCAACGAGAGAGCACCAGUGCGGUUAGACCUACCUUUCUUGCUCAACAAUCUUACUCUACACUUCUCUACAUAACCCUAAUCCAUUAAGCAAUAUUGCUUUUUCUCUAAGUUUCUCGUGCUUUGAUUUCUUCACUCCUCUACUUUUGAAUGUAUUCAUGUUCAUUUUACUCUAGUGCGAUGUUGCCUAUGCAUAUUAACUAAAGAUUCAAAUAGCUUUUGUGUUAAGCCCUUUCAGUUUCGUACUGUGGUGCAGGUCUUGUGUCUGAACCUGAAAGAAAACAAUGAGCGAGAGAGGAGUAGCAUGUCGUCGCAGGACUGGAGAAGACAUGAUAAGCUUAUUACCUGAUCACUUGCUGUGUCAGAUACUCUCUGAUGUUCCUACAAAGACGGCUGUAGUGACUAGCGUUUUGUCCACCAGAUGGAGAACUAUCUGGCUUUCGACUCCUGUCUUGGAUUUGCACACUGAUGAUUUCCCUAACUUCACUGCCUUUGCAAGCUUCAUCUCUUGGUUUCUAGAUUUCUCUAAGGGCUCAUCAUGCUUACACAAGCUCAAACUUGAUUUGGUCUCUAAAAGACCUAUUCAAGAGAUCUUUAUAGAGUCAUCAUGGGACCUUGCUUUUGUGAGAGGUUAUCUUGAUCCCUAUUACUUGAUAACAGAUUGGAUCAACAAAGCAGUUACACGUAAAGUUCAACAUCUAGAUAUCUCAUAUCCUUGGAUUGUGGAGAUGAUGCCACUAAGCAUCUACACGUGUGAGACUCUAGUAUCCUUGAAACUCCAAAACGUGCCAUUGGCUGAUUCCCAGUACGUUUCUCUACCUCUUCUCAAUACCAUGCAUUUAGUAGACAACAUAUACGCUAGUGAUGCUCUUCUUGAGAAUCUUGUCUCAUCUUGCCCGGUUCUUGAAGAUUUAACAGUUGUUAGAAAAGGAGAUACAGUGUACAACUUUGAGGUUUUACGAGUGCGUUCUCAGUCAUUAAAGAGUCUCGUAGUUGUUCUUAGUGGUAGGAAAUGGUGGUACAAAGCUUGUAGGGUUGCUGUGAUUGAUGCUCCUGGACUCAACUAUUUGAGUCUUAAAGAUAACAAGUUCACAAGUUAUGUAAUAAGCAGUUUGAGUUCAUCUGCCAAGGUAGACAUUGAUGUCAGUUUUGAUGUGGAAAUAAGUGGUCAAACAACUUUAAUUGACUCCUCAAAGAGAAGUGCAGUGAGAAGUUUCUUCAGCAUGCUCUCGAGCGUAAGGGACAUGACUAUAAGUCUAACAACUUUAGAGUGCAUAUGUCUUUACUUGAAACAUGAACCACUGCCUCAGUUUCCUUACUUGAUCAGAUUACAUGCGGUCUUGUCUAACUCUGAUUUGGGAAAUUUGCCGAACAUUCUUGAGAGCUGUCCAAAUCUCAAAUCCCUUGUCUUGGAGUUGAAUAAUUUUAGGAAGGAGGAACUACUUAUUUUCUCAUCAUCAGCUCCGGAAUGUUUAAGAUUAUCACUGGAGUGCGUUGAGAUAAGAACACCGAUAAGAGGAGCUGUAGCUGAAAUCGAACUAGUGAAGUACUUCCUGGAGAAUUCGGCAGUGCUCAAGAAGAUUAAGAUGCGUUUGCGUCGCGGGAUAAUGAACAACGAGUCAAACAUUUGCAUGCAACUCUUGAGAUUGAGGAGAUGCUCUCCUUCUUGUGAAGUUGUUGUUGAAGAGUUAGAAGACACUUUUCAAGGAUUGGAUUUUUUCUCUGAAUUGAUGAAUGGUUGUGUUUUUAAAGACCUUUAAGUAGAAGUUGCCUGGUAGACACAGUAAAGACUCAUAGCAGUCGAUUUUUUUGGUUCGAUUCAGUUUGGUUGGAGUUUAAUUAUAUUUCAGAUUGUUGGUUUUGUGAAAAAGGAACCAGGACUGGAUUAUACUAUUUUUUGGAAAAUUGUAAAAUUGCUUGAGAUUUGGUCAGGUCUUUGAUGAAAAAUAAUUUCAGUAACCAAACUUUUUAUGACAUGUCUGGAAUUGCUGCCAACUCUUCUUGAGAGCUGUCCAAAUCAAAAUUCACUCGUCUUGGUGCUGGUAUUGACUUUCACAAGUCAAAGACUUCAAAGGAAUCUGUUUUCGUUAUAUUCAUUCAUUAUUUCACCUUGGUAUGUUGUGUUUUAUUUAGGAUUUUUAUUCUCGGGAUGAGAAAGCGGCGGAGAUAAAACCUUCAUCCGUACAUCGGUGUGUG